AAUAAAUAUAAUAAAAGUUUCACAACUGAAGUACAGUGCUGCGAUAUUAGCCGGUGGAAAUUUAAAUUCUGGUGUUUUAAUCGCGUUAUAAAAAAAAUAAUUUUAAAUUUUAAAUUCUAUUAAAGCAAAUUUAUAUUUAAUUUUAUUAAAUUGAAUACAUAAUAUAUUAAUUAUGAAGAAAAUUAUUAUAUUCGGUUCCACUGGUAUGACUGGUCUUUGCGCAUUAGAUCAUGCCGUUAAAAAAGGACAUGAAAUAACUGUUUUUGUAAGGGAUGAAAAAAAAAUUCCUGAGCACGUCAACGGCAAAGUAAAAACAGUAAUUGGAAAUGUUAUCAAUUAUGAACAAGUAGAGAAGGCUAUGGUUGAUCAGGAAGGGGUUGUAGUUGUUUUGGGAACAAGGAAUGAUUUAAAACCUACGACUGAAUUAUCUGAAGGGAUGAUAAACAUAAUUAGAGCUAUGAAAAAAAAUAAUGUACAGUUGGUGUCAGUUUGUUUGUCGGCAUUUUUAUUUAGACCACCGGAAAGAGUUCCAAAAAUGUUUGUAGAUUUGAAUGCUGAUCAUCAGCGGAUGUUUGAUGCUAUCAAAGACAGCGGACUCAACUGGAUUGCUAUUUUGCCACCUCACAUUUCAAGUUUACCGAACUUGAAUUAUGUUAUCAAACAUGAUGAAUCUCCGGGUCAUAUUAUUUCAAAAUAUGGAUUAGGUGAAUUUUUAGUUGAUAGUCUGGACCAACCUGAACAUUAUCAAAAAGUUUGUGGGAUCGCUAUUAAUUUUAUGCAACUCUGUCACAUACAAUAAAUUUUUAUUUCAAAUGAUUUCAUGACAUAAAAUUACUAUUUCAAUGGAAAAUUUAAAAAAAGGGGUUGAAUGCUGGUCUUUCACUGUAAUUGAAGACUGGGUGGUUUAUCUUGCGACGAUAAAAAUAAAUAAAAACA